AUGACUGCCUGUCGCCCUUGGAAACCCAGAGCAAUAUUACCUGCUCUGGGUGUCAUGCUGGUCGUCUCCUUCAUUUCUCUCUACGGGCGCGUGGCUUGGGUAUCCAACCAACAACUCAAUCUUCCAAUGCAGGCUGAGGCCGAUGCUCCCCUUAGAACCCAACAGGCGAUAUUCUGGCGGAAUUUCCAGCCUCUAAUGGAGGAAUACAACCCAAAUUGCCCAUCCCCUUCGCGCGAGGACUCUGCCGGGGCUAUUACAUUCGAUGCCGUCAACCCACCCCAGCGACCGGAUGUGAUUAUCUUGCCAGAUGCCGACCGUGAGACCAUGCAGCAGGCACACAGCAGCUUCGUUAAUGCCAUUACGAACUCUACUAUUUUGCGUUCUGCUCAUAUUCCUGGAUCCAGUGGAAUCGUGUCCUCCGCGGGCAAAACUUACUUGCCUCUGUUCGUUACGUCAUUGAGAAUGCUCCGUCGCACCGGCUCAGAACUCCCCGUCGAAUUGUUCCUCAAGGACUCGAGCGAAUACGAAACCAAAAUAUGUGAGGAAGUCCUUCCGAGCCUGAAUGCACAGUGCGUGGUGCUUUCCGAUAUCUUGCGCCUUUCCAGAUUCAGAUCCACGGUCCAGAUCGCCCAUUACCAGCUAAAGAUAUUCGCGGUACUCUUCUCAUCCUUCGAGAAAGUCAUCUGGAUGGACUCCGAUUGCUUUCCACUUCAUGACCCCUCAGUUCUGCUCAACUCCGAGCCCUUCACAUCCAAGGGUCUAGUCACAUGGCCCGACUUCUGGGCCUCGACGGCUUCUCCGCUCUACUACAACAUUUCCCAACAGCCAAUUCCCCCAAUGGACGCUCGUGCGUCGUCGGAGACCGGUGUUUUCUUGGUUUCCAAACAGAGCCACUUCUUGUCUCUCCUUCUGGCUGCAUACUAUAACUACUAUGGACCAUCUCACUAUUUCUCCCUGCUUUCGCAAGGUGCGCCCGGUGAAGGCGACAAAGAGACCUUUAUCCAAGCAGCUUCCGCCUUGAACCAGGAUUUCUAUACUGUUAGUGAGCGAGUUGCACCUGUUGGGCAUCUUCAGGAAAAGGGAGGGAUCUCCGGGUCAGCCAUGGUCCAGUCGGACCCUAUCGAAGACUAUCGCCUCACGAGCCAGAAUAAGUGGCGCGUAAAGGAUAAGUCUGUUGCGAAGCCACCUCGGGUGUUUUUUAUCCAUGCGCAUUAUCCCAAGUUCAAUCCGGCAGACAAAUUAUUUGGGUAUCAAUGGGAAACGGCUCCGACCGUGAAGCCUGACGGAACUGACGGUCGCGCAUGGGUUGUUCCGAAUGAUGUGCUUGUUCGACUCGGGUACGAUGCGGAGAGAGCUUACUGGGAGGAGAUCAAGUGGGUCAGUUGCAAUCUAGAGCGCGUUUUUGAAUCCUGGAGGGAGGUUUCUGGAGUCUGCAGUCGAGUACAGGAGUAUUGGCUUAACGUGUUCGAGGAUCCGUCGGAGUACGUUCCUCAAUUUACGGAGAGCUAA